AUGUAUGCGAAUUUAGAAAAGUUACCAAAAACACAGUUUGAUAAUUACUGUUCUUCUCAAAUAAUUGAAAAUUCAUGCUGUAGUUUUCAUCUAACAUCAUUGAUAUUAUCGAAUACAAUGUCGAUGAAUCAAAUAUCAUUAUUUAUUGAACUAUAUGAUAUUGGUAAACAAUUCGUGAAUCUAUCGGCAUUAUCUUUGUAUGAGAUAACAUCAACAGAAUUAUUAGAUUUAAUACCAAAAAUAUUAAAUUUAAAGUAUUUAAGAAAUUUAUUCAUUUUUCCGGUAUCUUAUCUUACCAAAUGUAAUUUGAAAUAUAUUUUGGACAGAAUAUUGAACAUCAACGACAGAAGUAAUCAUCUAGAGUUAUUAACAAAUCUGAUAUUCAAAGCUCCCUUCUGUUUGCCGGAAAGUAUUAAAAAGUCGACUGCAAAAUGGACUUCGAUUAGGUAAGCAAUUCGUGCUAAGCUCAUACAUUUUUGAGCAUCACAUUAAACUGUUUUUUAUCCUUCUGUGUUGUGUCGAUGUGAAAUAUUUACUGUGGAUAAGAAUGCUGCUUCUAUCUCAUAUAGUUAUAGUAAUUCAUUCCUUUUUAUUUACAGAUAGCUGAUGAGAACAGUUUCAAUAAGAGAAAAAACCCUCCAGCACAUACAAAACUGAACAUAUCAACUUAAAAGUUAGGAUCUAGAGGUUAUCCACCAUGCCAGAUCUAAUGGUGAUAUCAACUUUUUUAAUUUUGACUUUCAUAAUGGGAUUCUGGAAAAGCUGGAUUUUGAGCUUACAGGUCUUCGAGGCAUUUUUUAAAUUGAAUUAAAUAUUAAUUUAAAUAAAUUUAAUAAUUGAGUUUUCGCUGGAAAAUCAAGGUUUUGAGAGAUUUUCUCAAGUAAGUAAAGUGAGAUGAAAAGUUAAAUUUUCUUUGAUGUUCGCUUUCAUCUGGUUAAAGCAUGUGGUCUAAAUCUGCAAAAUUGCCAAAGUUUCAUCCAAUUAGUAAAGAAUUUUCUAUUAGGAAGAAAAGUAGAAUUUGAUUGAAAAAUUAGUGUUUUGCAUAUAUGACAGAUAAAACAAACAUAUGGUAACAUUUCUUUCGUUCUCGAAGUUCAAUUGAGGUUGAAUAUAAUGGGAUUUUUCACUAAAAUCAAGCCAAAGUGAUACAAGCAACAUUCGAUAGAACGUGAAGAGCUAUGAUAAAACAAAUGUUACCACGAUAAUCUAUGUGUUCCAUGGAAAUGUCGAAAUAUCAAAGAAAAUUUAACGCUCCAUCUCACUUUACUAGAGAUAAUCUCUCAAAACCUUGAUUGUUACUUUUCUGUUAUUGGGAACUGCUUUCAUUGUGGUCACUUGGAUCAAUUCAUUAUUCUAGCUGAGAGAGUAUUAUUAACCAGCGAUCCUGUUGUCUCUACGAACCCUUAUUUUGAAUAUAACCCCCUCUCUCUGAAUAUUUAGUAUAUUAACCGUGGUC